AUGUUUUCCUCGUCUUCAAGCGAAUGUGAUUGUGAUUUUGAUCAGUAUGUUGCUGAAUCGGAAUUUGCGGAUAACUUUUGCCAAAACUGGACGAACCCCGUUUACGACGCCAUGAAAUACCCAUUUAUUUAUUACGCUCAAAUUCCUCAACCGCUCAACAGUCAACACUACAAAAAAGAAAGAAGAAACAAGAAUUGGUUCGUGAAAGCGUUCCAAUGGUAUACCCAGGAACGUACAAUUAAUCAAAGAAACAGGCGGAGAUUCGAUUAUGAAAAUAAUUUACCUGAAUUCUCGGCUUGGUUGGACAACAAAUACGAACAUUAUCUAAAAGAAAAUUUGGAUCGAAGCACGUUUCAUAUGAAACUAAAACAAACAUCGACUUUUGAAGCUAACACUUUGCCGACAAAUAAUAGAUUACAAGCUAAAAGACGUUCUCUGAGCCAAGACGGUGGUGAUGGACAAGAGAAAACAAAUGGCAGCUUUGAAUACAUUUUACGACCAAAAAAUAGCAUAGAGUGUUGCUGCUCCUCUCAACCCUCCGAAUGUCAUCAAACCCCAGUGAAUACAACCAAACAUACAAAGCAGCAUGUUUCGAAGGCCAUUAAGCACAAAUCUAAAAGUCUAACAAGCUUACGCACUGUCUACCAGCCCCUUGAUCCAGCUACAUUGAGCGUCGAAAUCAAAUGCCACUGUGAACAAAAUUCUAAAGAAAUAAUAAAAUGUGGAAACAAAUCUAACGGACAUGAGAAUAAAGAUGUUUUAUGCUGUUGUUUAGAUAAAUACAGUGGGGUAACACGUAAAACUUCGAAUAAAUAUGCCACGGAACCAAUGUUAAUAUCUGAUAAAAAUAAAUUUACCAAUUUUGAAGAUUCACUUGAACAAUCGCCUGUGAAUAUUAAAGCUACCCCUGGUGAUGUACUUUGCCAGUGUUCAGUCAAUGGCGGUCAAAAAGACAAAAGUGACAAAUUUUAUCGAGACAAGAACAGAAAUGAAUCCAUACAAAUAUCUCAUGUCUGUUCUCCUUCGAAAUUAAAUAUGUGCGCGGCCGCUGAAAACGUUUUCCUUGAAACAAAUAACUUUGGAAUUGUUCGAACAAACAAAGAACCUUUCGAUUUGUUUACUGACGAAAUGUCGCAAACUUCCGACUAUUCAUUAAACCUGCACGAAUACGUAAAGAGCACGCGUCCAACUUUUUUGAAAGUUUACUGCGGUGAUGUUACAUGCGAAGACUGCAACUCAAAAUGA